CUGUUCUUACCACGAAGAGUCACCUCUACCACUAAUAUCCCUUGUUGUUCUUUCUCUCGAAUUGGCUUAUUAGCAUGAUCCCAUUUCAGGCUUUCUUUCCAUUUCAGGCUUUCUUUCCAUUUCGGGCUUUCUUUCCAUUUCAGGCUUUCUUUCCAUUUCAGGCUUUCUUUCCAUUUCAGGCUUUCUUUCCAUUUCAGGCUUUCUUUCCAUUUCAGGCUUUCUUUCCAUUUCAGGUUUCAUUUUCGCCUCAUUUGCACUCUUACAUCUUCCUGCAUCCUGCAAUGCAUUCUUUAUUUAUAGUUUUAUGCAAUUUUAUAAAACCUAAAAUAAAAAGAAAUUUAAAAACGAACAAAAUAAUUUAUUAUUAUGUAAUCAAACCGAUUUCGAAUCUCGUUUAGAGCACACCCGACCCGGGAUUCGUUUAGCGCACACCCGAACCCUUCCGGUAUUGUUUUGACUCCGGAUUCAGGUGUUCCUACCAACGUAUUAUGUAAGCAAUUAUCACGCAGGAUUUUUGGAAAAAAUUCGGAAAAAACCUCGAUCAUCUCCGUAACCAGUGAUA